CUGGCCAGUGCUGAGGGGGCGCGGCGCGGCGGGGCGCGGAGCCGGGCGGCUCGGGGCCCAGAGAGCGCCUCGGCCGGGAGCCCGCCGGCUCCUGACAGCCCCCUCCCCUCGGUGGACGACGACGACGACGAGGGCGCGGGUCAUGGCGGAGCAGCGAACCCGGCGCGGGCCCUGAGCACCACCGCAUGGAGCGGGACGAACGGCCGCCUAGCGGAGGGGGAGGCGGCGGGGGCUCGGCGGGGUUCCUAGAGCCGCCAGCCGCGCUCCCUCCGCCGCCGCGCAACGGUUUCUGUCAGGAUGAGUUGUCAGAGCUUGAUCCAGGCACUAAUGAGGAAACUGACAGUUUAACACUUGGCCAAGGUCACACAGCUGUUUCUGUUCCAGAUGAUCGGGCUGAACAACGAACCUGUCUCAUUUGUGGGGACCGUGCUACAGGCUUGCACUAUGGGAUCAUCUCCUGUGAAGGCUGUAAAGGGUUCUUCAAGCGGAGCAUUUGUAACAAACGGGUUUAUCGGUGCAGUCGUGACAAGAACUGUGUUAUGUCUCGGAAGCAGAGAAACAGGUGCCAGUACUGCCGUCUACUCAAAUGCCUCCAGAUGGGGAUGAACCGGAAGGCUAUCAGAGAAGAUGGCAUGCCUGGAGGCCGGAAUAAGAGCAUUGGGCCAGUCCAGAUAUCAGAAGAAGAGAUUGAAAGGAUCAUGUCUGGACAAGAGUUUGAGGAAGAAGCCAAUCACUGGAGCAACCAUGGUGACAGCGACCACAGUUCCCCUGGGAACAGGGCUUCAGAGAGCAACCAGCCCUCCCCAGGCUCCACAUUGUCCUCCAGUAGGUCUGUGGAACUAAAUGGAUUCAUGACAUUCAGGGAUCAGUACAUGGGGAUGUCUGUGCCUCCACAUUAUCAAUACAUACCACACCUCUUUAGCUAUUCUGGCCACUCACCACUUCUGCCCCCACAAGCUCGCAGCCUAGAUCCCCAGUCAUACAGCCUGAUUCACCAGCUGAUGUCAGCCGAGGACCUGGAACCAUUGGGCACACCCAUGUUGAUUGAAGAUGGAUAUGCUGUGACACAGGCAGAGCUGUUUGCCCUGCUUUGCCGCCUGGCCGACGAGCUGCUCUUUAGACAGAUUGCCUGGAUCAAGAAGCUGCCUUUCUUCUGUGAGCUCUCAAUCAAGGAUUACACAUGCCUUUUGAGCUCUACAUGGCAGGAGUUAAUCCUGCUAUCGUCCCUCACAGUUUACAGCAAGCAGAUCUUUGGAGAACUGGCUGAUGUUACUGCUAAGUACUCACCCUCUGAUGAAGAACUACACAGAUUUAGUGAUGAAGGAAUGGAAGUGAUCGAGCGGCUCAUCUACCUGUAUCACAAGUUCCAUCAGCUAAAGGUCAGCAAUGAGGAAUAUGCGUGCAUGAAAGCAAUUAACUUUCUAAACCAAGAUAUCAGGGGUCUGACCAGUGCUUCACAGCUGGAACAGUUGAACAAGCGAUAUUGGUACAUUUGCCAGGAUUUCACUGAAUAUAAAUACACACAUCAGCCAAACCGCUUUCCUGAUCUCAUGAUGUGCUUACCUGAGAUUCGAUACAUUGCAGGAAAGAUGGUGAAUGUACCCCUGGAACAGCUGCCCCUCCUCUUUAAGGUGGUGCUGCACUCCUGCAAGACAAGCGUGGUCAAGGAAUGAGCUAUUCCCUGCACCAGCCACAGCGCCUUGGAUAGGCAGGACAGGCUCCAGAAGAAAGAGCCAGAGAGACCAAGAUGGAGGCUGUGCAGCUGUUGCCUCCAUUGCAGGAAGAGUUUUUGUUUGUUUGUCUGUUAUUUUUAACCGCAUUUUUCUAUAUAUUUAUUUCACGACAGAGUUGAAUGUAUGGCCUUCAACAUGAUGCACAUGCUUUUGUGUGAAUGCAGCAGAUGCAUUUCCUUGCAGUUUACAGAAUGUGAAGAUGUUUAAUGUUACAGUGUUGUCCUUGUAUAGAGAUAGUUCUUUUGUAUUUUGAGGGAGAGGGCAGGGUGGCUGAGAUGACUAUGUUCAUGAUGUUGAUGAAGAUGACUACCUCAAUGGAAAUGGGGGUGUGACCAUCCCUACUUUUUCCACAUUUUCUCACAGACUUACACAUUGGUCUGUCAGAGAUCAAAAUGCCUUUUUCUAGCCACAGACUUGUCAGGUAAAAGAGUACACCAAAGGGGUGAAGUGGUGCUGGGAGAAGUAUGCAGUGAGGUGGGCGAGACGCAGGAGACAAGGAUUAAACCAUCUCAUUUCUUUGAAAAGUAUGAAAGUUGAGAGUAGGCACAGUGACCAAAUCUAAAGCAGGUGUCCUCCCACCCAGGAAAUACUAAGGACAGAAGGUUGCCUGUCCUCCCACCCUGCUGCUCCCUCCCAUCUCUCUCCGUUUCUGCCACUGUCAGCUUUUCAUCCAGGCAAAGUCCCAGCAAUAAGUCAGUCCAUAGGACUUGCCUACCAGCUCCCUUGGGGCUCACAGCUACCUAGUUUCCGAAUGUGGAUCUACUAAGGCCUGCCUUUCUCAGACUCCUUCCCUCUCCCUUGUAAAUUCAACUUCCUAUCAGCCCUUUGAAAAGCUGACUGGGCAGAAUGGCAUGUUUUCAAUACUGAUGUCCACUACUCAUUUAUUCUUCUUUUACUUCUUUUCUUCAAAGGGCAGUGGGACAAAGGCCAGACUGCUGAAAGAAUAAAUACUCCUUCUUUGAAAUCCUCUGUUCCUCUCCCCACCCUCAGGUCUGAAUCAUAAAAGUAGUCUCCUUUUUAAACAGUGGAAAAGACCAUUUACCCAUCUGCUGAUCAGAAAUUUUGCUCCUAAGUUCUAUUCCAAGUUCUCCUAAUCUCUCUUAAAUGAGGCCAAGUUUUCCCAGGGCCCCAGAACAAAAAGCCUGGAGUAGCCCUGGUUAUCCCUUAUGUGACCCAGCUGACCAAGGCCUGGAGGGCUGGAGCCAAAAGCACCUGGAAGGGAAGGUGGAGCCUUAAACUACCUCAUGUUUCCAAGGGUCUGGCUGCUACCUCAGCAGAUAUGGCCUAGACCCCUUGUUCUUUUGCUACCUGCCCCACCUAGUUCCAGGGAAUUUUUCUUGCCUCUCUCAACUUUGGCCAGGGCUGCGCCAGAUCUGUCUUAGAGCUCCUUCAGGGGCUUUUCCCUUUUCUGCCUUAAUACAGCAGCUGCUUCUGCCCACACACCCAGGCACCUUCCAUAGCCAGUGCCCCACACAGAUGACUCAGCCACCUUGGGUACAUCCUUGUUUGGGUGGGCUUGAGGAGUUCAUAGAACCUCCUUUGCCUUCUGUUUGGUCAAAGGCUGUUGCUCUUCCCCAACUCAGCCUAGUAAACCUGCCCGGGGGCUGCGAUGUCUUGUGCAUACUGGGUUGUCUGGGUCUGAUUGUAAUAUUUACUUUGUGGUGAAAUGUUACGGGUACCAACAGAGUGAUGAUUUUAUCCCUUGAUGGAUCUAAAACUCAGAGCAUUACUCCUGAGUACUAUUUCCCUAACUGCUCUGAGAAAGAAAGAAAGAAGGAAGAGACAUGUUCCUCAGGAAAAGCUUCAACUAGCACAUUUUUCAUAGGCCAAUGGGAAGAUUUGUGUGUGUUGUGUGUUUGUUUCUGUUUAUUUGUAAGUUCACAAUAUUUUUCUUGUUUCCUUGAAUUCUUUAUUUAACCAUUUAGACCACAUUCUUUGGCUACAGGUCAGAUUCUGGGCUGCCUUCCUCAAGAUAGAGGAGGAGACACAUAUCAGAGAUCCCGUCUUUAAGAAAGCUCCUGUGUGCAGCAUCUUUCAUUGCUUAGACCUCUAUCUGUCAAAUUACUAUUUUUUAAAAUUGCUGUUCAAAUUAAGCAUUUUACCUAUUCUGUCGGGUGUCAAAGGAAAUUGCUCUUUGAUGAGGCAAGAACAUGUCUCUCCAAUAAUGUAGUAUUAAACAGAGCAAGUUGUUAAUUUGUGGAGUGGGGGAAAGGUUCUGCAAGUUGCCAUUGUAUAAAUCCAUUUUUACAAAUGUUUGCAGCAGAUUCCACAGAACAAAGAGCCCAUUCAUUGCCGAGAGCCCUGCAGAAUCUCUGAGCCAAGUGGCUGUGUGUUCCGAGCAGGAGCCUGACCUGUGGCCCGCCUUUAAUGUCUUCUGCACCCAGUCCUUUUAUGACGUGGGCUUCUUCUAAACAGGGUAAAGUGAAUGUGUUGCAUUGCAAACUCAGGUAUUAUGAGGAGAAGGUAGGAGUGUAGCUAGCUGUGGAGACAUUAGGUCAGCCACUAGAUGUAUUUGUGAAUUUGGUUUGAAGGACACAGAGAAAGGUUGGAGGGGGAGGCUUGGUGUGUUUGUUUUUUGCCUUUCUUCCCAUAAUGUUUGGUUAACAGGCAGCCUUUUUGCUAGUGGAAGAAGAAAAAAGUUGUACAUGCUGUCUCUAAUUCCUCUGUCUUCUGUCCUCUCUCUCUGAUUCCAGCCACCAAAAAAAGGGCACUCACUUUGAGUGAGAAUUUUCCCACCAUAAAAGUUUGACCCAGAAAGCCAUGUGGAAAAGGAGAAUCCCACCCCCUUGCACUAUAUGGAAACAGACAAGCUUUUCCCUUUUUUUCCUUUUGAACAUUUUCUUGACCUAAAACAAAAGUUUGAAAUCUUGGAGCUUCAUCUGUAAUUCAUGCUCUCUGGCUCCCUUUGCAGACUUCUGGAGUCCUUGCAAAGUUUGGUGGUCUUUCCCUUAAUCUGGACCAUUCCCGCAUAUCUGUCUAAAAGCACUCCACUUGACUUAGAGGGCACCCCACCCUGUGCACAGCCCACAAGUGAGGUGGGCAGGCCUCCAGGGAUAGAAAGAAGCAGGCAGGAACCUCCCUAUCCUGAUACCCAGAACCUUAGCAGGGAUAGGGGGGAACUUAGGGAUCUCCAUGGCAUCACCAGAAGUCAUCCGUUCCACACCAGCCUGUUGCUGACCUCCCUGCACUUCUCAGGGAAGUGAGUGCCUGCCAUGACCAGCGUCACCAGAUCCUUAAAACGCUGGCCUCUCUGAGUUGGCUGCCUUGCUCUGCUACCCAUUCUCCGUAUUUGUUUAUUCUUGAUUUCCUAGGGAAUGGGAGAGAUGGAGACAGACAACCUGGUAUGGGAAACAUCUAAGCCAUGACCAAGGUUGGCCAGAGUAAAGGGACCCUGGCCUCCCAGCAGGAAGUUGAGCAGUGUUCCAAGUCUUUAGCUUUGGGUCCCUUGUCUAUGAGUUUUAUCCUUGUUAUUUUUUUAAAUCUUUGCAAUUGUUUUAAGAAAUCCAGUCUUUCAUAUCAUCCCUUUUUUAAACUUUGAUUUUUUUCUUUAUUAAUUCUUUUAAAAUUAAAAAAGCCUGAAUUAAAUAAAUUUUUUAAAAAGCCACUACUCUUACUCCCCCACCUGGAUCCACAAGGGUACCCCCACAUUCCCCUCUGCCUUGACAGUUGAUCGUCCUCCCUUUUUCCUCAGCUGGAAGCAUCUAUGUCCAGUGUCCAUGAAAUGAUGUUUUAUCUGUGUCUCAGGAUGAGAAACGGCAAUCAUCCCACCAGGUGCUGGAGACUGGUGAGCCUUGAGGCAAGGGUUUCUAGGGCCACAGCUCAGGGAUGUGUAUUUAAUUACAGGGUCCCCAGAAAACCCCUGUCUUAGAUGCCACAAGCACAUCUUUUCUGGGCUUGGGAUCCAGGCCUGGACUGUUUCCUCAGAGGCAGGAGCCCCCAGAGAGCCUGCUGAAUGGGAGCAAGCUGGGGCUUCCUCUUUGGCCAAACCUGGCCUACCUUGAGACUUGAAGAUUUCUGAUUGUCCUGCAACAUGAGCCACAGUGGUCCUGCCUCUACCAGCAAAUAAGAAGCCUAGCCCCUUUGUCCAGGCCUCCCUUUUCUGGGCCUGCAGCCCUAAGUGGGGCCACAGCUUGCUCAGGAGUCAGCUGUAGGCUUGAGGGGAAACUAGGAGGAAAGUCAGAGCCUGCUCCAAGCCUAAGAAAAAUGUCAUGAUCCUAGUGGACACUAGUCCUCCAAAUCCUGGAGCCAGCCCUUGCCGACCAAAGGAUCCUCUUUGUCCUUUGAUGACUGUUGUUUUCUUUGCUGAAAUGUCUUGUAAUAGAUGAUAAUGUUGUUGACUCAAAUUUCCAUGGAAAAAAAAAAGAAAAAAAAACUACCUCUGUGACAUCCUGGUCGAUUCCUCUCAGAGGAAUCCUGUGGGAAAAGAAUACUGUCACUGUUUACAUGUUUCUAUCGGGGAAAGAAACCCCGCCUGCCCUGGGGUAUUGGUGUUUUUGUCUGUGUUGCCAUCCCGGGCCUGUGAUAGGGGCUUGUGGCUGCAUUGUAAUGUCUGGGCUGUCUGGGGAGUCCUUCCCACCUGCCCAGCUAGGGGCAAGCCACCCCUUGAAGAGGCCUCCAUCUCUUUCUUAGGCUCCAAGGCAUAGGGAGCUUCACCUCCCACAAACACCACCUUCAGGGGCUCUGAUGGCACCUGCAUCAUGAGCCUACCCCAAGGCACCCUGGAUUCCCCUCCACCCAAGGUCCUGUGUAGGAAUCGAGUAAAUGGGAUGUCUCUGAGCCCUUGCUCCCAAAGGGCGGGCCAAGGGCUGCCUGCCAGCCUGGCUCCAUCAACCCUGCAUGACCAAAUGAUAGUUGGCGGGCUCUGCAGGCUGUUCAGGCCCUCUGCUACCUCCCACACUUGCCUGCUGGCAAGGGAUGGGCCCUGUUCUGUGAAUUGACUACCUGUGGAAAUGUGACCAAUUAGUGUGAAAUGCAUGUUUAGCAAGUGUUAGGUAAUGUAUUUGAACCAAUAAAUGUGAAUCCUUCUGCACAUGG